AUGCGGGCCUCGGUGGACGAGCUGAUUGCUGAGCACGAGGUGAUCGCAUUCAUCUCCCAGACCUGUCCCUUCUGCCAACAAGCGGUGGCUGCCCUGACGGAUGCCGGCUACCCGCCAUUCAUCGUCGAAGCUGAAACCUUUUCCGACAUCAGGCGAAAACGCGCCGGGAUGCCAGGAUGUUUUUGUUUCCCAAGAUGUUCCAAGAACUUAGAUGAACUUAGUGGAUCUGAAUUUUGA